AUGCUUUCUUUUAAAAUAUCAAAGCCCUUCUUUAAAGAAGGUCCCACCAACAUGUUUAUUUCAAUUGCGCUCAGUUCUUGUCUUUUGGGGCUCAUUUUUGGAAUUUUUAUUUACACCUAUUUAACUCGAUCACAUUCCCCAAGAAAGCAAAUCGAGGGUGAGAAUCGCUGUGUAUAUAUAGAGGAUGGUCGUAAAGAAUACAAAACAUUGAAGAAGAACUGUGAUGAUGAGCAAAUACGACUUACUGUGGUUGUCCCUGCAUACAAUGAAUCGGAUAGAAUAGUUGAUAUGCUGAAAGAAACGGUAGAUCAUUUGGAGAAACGCUAUCGAACUUUUGGGAAUCGAGGAAAGCGUCUAUGGGAGGUUCUUGUAGUUGAUGAUGAAAGUACGGACUCAACCGUGGAUUCAGUGUUACAGUUCUCUGGUUCCCUUAAUUUGGGAGAUCAUGUCCGUGUUUGUUCCUUGAAGAAAAAUCGAGGAAAAGGAGGUGCAGUUACUUGGGGUAUGCUUCAUGCUCGUGGACAGUAUGCUAUAUUUGCAGACGCUGAUGGUGCAUCCAAGUUUUCUGAUAUUGAACUCCUAUUUGAACACAUGCCCAAAAAUGCUACUGGGGGUGUUGUCAUUGGCUCUCGUGCUCACAUGGUAAACACAGAAGCAGUUGUUAAGCGUUCAUUUAUACGUAAUUUUUUGAUGCAUUCUUUUCACAAGCUGUUGCAAGUUCUGGGAGUUCGUGAAAUCGGCGAUACACAAUGUGGCUUCAAAUUGUUUUCACGCUUUGCGUAUCGAAACAUAUAUUCUCGAAUGCAUGUUGAAGGUUGGAUUUUUGACAUUGAAGUUUUAACUCUUGCUCGUUUUCUUCGAUUGCCAAUUUACGAAAUUCCCAUUACUUGGCAUGAAGUCGGUGGUAGCAAAAUGACUUUAUUAAAAGAUAGUAUUCGUAUGGCCAUCGAUCUACUAGUCAUCCGAUUGAAUUAUUCCUUUGGCAUUUGGCAACAACCAAAGCCAAAGUCCGCCUAA